CUGUUUGUGUACAGUGUGUGGUACAGUGCAGUGUACAAAAUUAUAAUAAUUAUUGCUAUAAUUAUUUUUAUAUUGUAGAAGAAAAUGUUGUAAAAAUCUAGAUUCCAUACAUAUUAAGCUCAGUUCAGUGCUAGUUUAUAGACUGUAAUAGAGAGUGCUAAUUUUAUAUUAAGAAUAUAAGAUAGUUGCACUUUACAUAAUGUAUGCGAUAGAGAAAAAGUUUGAAAUAGAAAUGAAGUUGAAGAAAGAAAUGACGAAUAUACAAGAGUUGAAAGCGGCUGCUAAUCGCAGCUCGUCGAUAGCGAAUGAUGUGUGCAAUGUGCUGGGUGCUUGUGAGCAAAGGCUGCAGCAGCUGGAGACAGCUGUGUUACCGCUGUAUGGAGAUACAGCUAGGUUACAGCAGAUCCACCAUAAUAUGGAGCGCACUGUUAAGUCUUUAGACCAUGUCAUCAACUAUUACAUGGUGUCUAGAGAACUAGCUGAUCUGAUACAAGCUGGUCCUCAAUGUGCAUCUACUGAGUCAUUAAAUGUUUAUAUUGAUGCACUUGAUAAAUUAGCGGAAGCUCAGAGUUAUUUUAAUAAGAAUAACCCUCAAAGUGUAGAACUGGAAAAUAUUAAUCAACUGUACAAUGCUGGGGUGCUAAAACUAGAAGCAGCAUUUGAGGAGCUUCUCAGUAGAAAUACAAGACCACUGUCUCCCACAACUCUUAUGGAUAUGAUUGCAUUAGAAGAAGAUUCAAGUGUGGACAGCAUCAGCGUAAGCGGCAGCAACUCAACAACAGGAGGUGCGGUGGACACAAUGCGCGCAGCCGCGGACUGGCUGAGCCGCGCAGGCCGGCCUCCCGCCACGCCGCUGCUCGCUAUACGAGGGCCCGCUGCGAAAGCCUCGCUGGUCGCGUUUAAGGACUACCUGCGGUCUCGGUCCAUGGCUGCUUCGCCGCUGAUGAGAGCUAAAAAUAUGCUUCAUCGCGCGGAUAGUACUACAAGAAGGACAAGUAAAAUUCAAAAAGUGCUGGAAAAACGUGCUAUUAAUAUAAUGAUGAAAGCAUCUCAAACUCUCGAACAAUCGACGGGGCUUGCUAUUGGCCCGAGAAGAUCUGUCAAUGACACAUAUAUGGAAGAAUGCAGCGAUGCUUUAGACGAGCGCGAAGCAGAGGCAGCGGGUACUUUAGCGGCGGCGUUAUGCCGGUUGGCGCGUCGCGAGCAACGUCACAUGAUCGGACUAGUGCCACUAGCUCGCCUUCCGGCGUUGCUCGCUGCUGUGCUUAAAGACUGUCUCGCUUUGCUGGCAACGGAAGUGGAGCGCGCGUGCACCCGCAGCCGCAAGUCUGCUUCGCGCUGCUCCGCCGGCGCCGCCGCGUGCUGGGCGCUGCUCGGCCGCCUGCAGCGCCUGCAGCCCGACCUGCAGCGCGCGCUGCACCCCGCCUCGCCCGCCGCGUACACCGCGCUGCUGCACAACUGUCAGCACCACUGCGUCCGGUCGCUGGAGGAGUGGGUGGAGGGCGUGCGCGGGGACAGUGCGGGGGGCGCGGUGGACGGCACCGUGCACCAGCUGCCCGUCGCCGCGCUCGCCUACUGCCACGCGCUCGCCGCGCAUCUGCACGUUAUCGGUCCGGCUCUGAGCACGGAGCCUGCAUACUCUCGCGCAGCGGCCGCGUGUGGCAACACCACGGGGGAUAAGAACGCACUCAUGCUGUCUAUUUAUAUGCGAAAAGUGUUAGCACAGUUGAACCUGUCUCUACGCAACAAGAGCGAGCAGUACCCAGAUGCUUUGAAGGCUAUAUUCUUGCUGAACAACACCUUGUAUUUAUUACAGGGUUUACAGCGCAGUGGUUUGCUAGAUGUGUUGGCGCUGUCAGAGCCCGACUGUGAGGCGUCCUACCGCAACAUGAUAAACGAGUACAAGACUGCGUAUCUCAAUAGUUGGAACAAGUUGCUAUCGUACAUUACACUGGACGAGCCUCUUCCUGCCAAGUUGAGAGACAAGGAUCGGCAGAUGUUAAAGGAUAAAUAUUCCUCGUUCAACCGCGAGUGGGAGGAGAGUGCGCGGGCGCAGCGCGGCUACAGCGUGCCCGACGGGGAGCUGCGCGAGACGCUCAAGCGCGACAACAAGGAGGCGCUGCUGCCGCGCUACUCCGCCUUCCACGCACACACCGCGCACCUGCCCUUCUCCAAGAGCCCCGACAAGUACGCCAAGUACACGCCCGUGCAGGUACUGCCAGGACGUAGUUACCGUUGUAGGGAAUAGCGGGCCAAGCGCGAC